AUGAGCCUCACGCAGCUGCUUCUUGUCCCGGUCGCCAUCCUCGCCGUCUGGCUCCUGAGGCAGUGGGCCAAGGGCGGCCAAGUUCGCCCGGAGGAUCUGAGUCGAGACAUGGCCGGCCUCAAUGUCAUUGUCACCGGCGGCAACUCUGGCAUCGGCUUCGAGACGGCCCUGCAGCUCGCCAAGCAAGGCGCCACCGUCUUUAUCGCCUCCCGACAGAAGCAGGCCGGCGAGAUCGCCGUCAGCACCAUCCGCGAGCAGUCCAAGAACGACCAGGUGUACUUUGAGCAUCUGGAUCUGGCCUCUCUCCAGGCCGUCCGCGACUUUGCCAGCCGCUGGAAGAACCGCAACGAGCCCAUCGACAUCCUCAUCAACAACGCCGGCGUUAUGGCUCUGCCCAAGCGCACCCUCACGGUCGAUGGCAACGAGAUCCAGAUGGCCACAAACCACCUUGGUCACUUCUUGCUGACCGAACUGCUGCUUGGGCAUCUCGAGCGAGCGGUCCAAGCCCGCGGCUCGGCUCGCAUCAUCAACCUCUCGUCAAUCGCCCACUACUCGGCCAUCUUUGAUGCCGACGAUCUGAACAGCGAAAGGAACACAUACGGGCCACAUGAAGUCUACAGCAACACCAAAUUGGCCAAUAUCCUUUAUACUCGCAACCUCGCCAAGAGACUCAAUAACUCGGGCAUCACCGUCAACGCUGCUCAUCCUGGCGUGGUGCGCACUCCUCUGUUCCGAUACAACAGAGCAAUCUUGCGCCUCUUGUUCUUUGUCCUCGAACCUGUCAUUGCAAUCUUCUUCAAGACGCCUUGGGAGGGCUGUCAAACGACCCUGCACCUGGCGCUCUCGGACGCAGGCAAGACCACAACCGGAAAGUACUUUGCCGACUGUCGCGAGGCCGGUGUCUAUUUGAUCUAUCAGCGCUUGUUUGCUGCCAUCAGCGACGAGCUCGUGCUCGAGACCAAGCUGGUUGAAAACAGCAAGCGCCUCGUCGGACUCUGA